AUGGCCAACAACGUUCACAUGAGUGGGCUGCUCAGCCGCCAUGAUGAUGAAGCCACCAGGACCUCCACCUCCGAGGGCCUGGAGGAGGGCGAGGUGGAAGGGGAGACUCUCCUGAUCGUGGAGUCCGAGGACCAGGCUUCCGUGGAUUUAUCGCACGACCAGAGCGGGGACUCCCUGAACAGCGACGAGGGUGAAGCGUCCUGGAUGGAGGAGAUGUCCUAUUACUGUGAGAAGUGCCAGAAGUGGAUCCCAGCAAGUCAACUGAGAGAACAGCUCAGCUACCUCAAAGGAGAUAACUUUUUCAGAUUUACUUGCUCUGAUUGCUCAGAAGAUGGGAAGGAGCAAUUUGAACGUCUGAGAUUAACAUGGCAACAAGUUGUCAUGUUGGCAAUGUACAACUUGUCUCUGGAAGGAACGGGCCGUCAGGGCUACUUCAGAUGGAAAGAAGACAUUUGUGCUUUUAUUGAAAAACACUGGACUUUCUUAUUAGGGAACAGGAAAAAGACCUCAACAUGGUGGAGCACAGUUGCUGGCUGUCUGUCUGUGGGGAGCCCCUUGUUUUUCCGCUCAGGGGCACAGGAAUUUGGAGAACCGGGAUGGUGGAAGCUGGUUCAUAACAAACCCCCAACACUGAAACCUGAAGGAGAGAAGCUGUCAGCAUCUGCUCUGAAGGCAAAAGCAGCUUCCAAGCCCCCGCUGGAUCCCAUCAUUACCGUGGAAGGCCUUCGGAAGCGGGUGAGCCGCAAUCCAGUGGAGUCAGCCAUGGAGCUGAAGGAGAAGAGGUCCCGCACUCAGGAAGCCAAGGACAUUCGGAGAGCCCAGAAGGAGGCGGCCGGGUUCCUGGACCGCAGCACUUCCUCCACUCCCGUGAAGUUCAGCAGCCGCUGCCGCCGGCCCGACAUCGUCCUGGAGAAAGGAGAGGUCAUCGACUUCUCCUCCCUGAGCUCGUCCGACCGCACGCCUCUGACCAGCCCCUCUCCGUCCCCGUCCCUGGACUUCUCUGCUCCCGGCACUCCCGCCUCGCACUCGGCCACUCCCAGCCUGCUCUCGGAAGCGGAUCUCAUCCCGGAUGUCAUGCCGCCACAGGCGCUCUUCCAUGAUGAUGAGGAGAUGGAAGGAGAUGGAGUCAUAGACCCAGGAAUAGAGUAUGUGCCCCCUCCCAGUGGGACAGCUGGUGCUGGCACCAUGAUAGCAAGCAGGAAAAAAGUGAAGACAGCUGAGCAGAUCAAGCAAGAGGUGGAGAGUGAAGAAGAAAAAACAGAACGGAUGGAAGGUGACAGUGAAGAUCCUGAAGAGUCAAACACACCCCUGCAGGUGAGGGGACGAGACAAGGGGAAGUCACAGCUGGAGAAGGAUGCUAAACCCAGAGUUGCCAAGCACACCUCAGUUAGCAUCUAUGAGGAAAAGCUGCUGCUGAAGAGGCUGGAAGCCUGUCCCAAUGCUUUGAGCAUGACCCCAGAGGCCCGGAGGCUGAGGCGCAAGCUGCUGGUCAGGCAGGCCAAGAGGGAGAGAGGACUGCCGCUCUUUGACUUGGACCAGGUUGUGAAUGCUGCACUGCUCCUGGUUGAUGGGAUUUAUGGAGCCAAAGAAGGUGGUGUCUCCAGGUCCCCAGUAGGGCAAGCAACAUACAGAACUACUAGCCAGGACUUCAGGAUCUUGGACAGAUACCAGACGAUGCUGCCUGCCACGAAGGGAUACCGCCAGCAGACAACCAAGUUUCUGUACCGCCUGGUAGGCUCGGAAGACCUGCUGACAGACCACAGUAUUGUCAGCCCUUACACCUCCCGUGUCCUUAAACCUUACAUCAGACGUGAUUAUGAGACAAAGCCUCCAAAACUCAGGCUGCUGGCAGAAAUCCGGGCGAAUCCACACAGGAAUGAUCUCAACUGGAAGGCUGAGCCAGAAGCACCCAUUGAUUACUGCUAUGUUCGCCCUAAUCACAUCCCCACUAUAAACUCCAUGUGCCACGAAUUCUUCUGGCCUGGAAUUGAUUUGUCAGAGUGCCUGCAGUAUCCAGACUUCAGUGUUGUUGUCCUUUACAAGAAAGUUAUCAUUGCCUUUGGCUUUAUGGUGCCAGAUGUGAAGUACAACGAAGCUUACAUCUCUUUUCUCUUGGUGCACCCCGAGUGGAGAAGAGCUGGGAUUGCAACCUUCAUGAUUUACCAUCUUAUCCAGACCUGCAUGGGCAAGGACGUCACCCUUCACGUCUCUGCAAGCAACCCUGCUAUGCUGCUCUACCAGAAGUUUGGAUUUAAGACCGAGGAGUACAUUUUGGAUUUUUAUGACAAGUACUACCCCUUGGACAGCAAGGAGUGCAAGCACGCCUUCUUCCUCAGGCUGCGGCGCUGAGCUGCGGGAGGGCUCUGGGGAAAAGCCCAAUCCAUCCAAAAAACUCCCCCAGCUUUUGGUGGAGGAUGUUGGCUGCCACAGGAGAGCUGGAACACGCUGGUGUGUUUAUUCCUAGGACUUUGGAUGUCAGUGGUGAGAUGUUCUGUGUGGAAAAUGCAAUCCAAAAGGAUUGAUUCCUGUGCUCCAAGGGGAGAGGCCUGGAAAUGCCAACUAGGAUACACUGAAACCACUGGAAAAUUGAAAUUCCUUAUGGGGAAUUUUCCUGCCACUGUUACUUUGGAGAGCCUCAUUAGCAAAAAAAAAAUACCAAACAAAAAAGUGUUUCUCAUUUCAGAGGGGCCCCAUGGAUUUCAAGUUUUUGAAACCUGUCCAAAAAAUGUUGCAGGUUUUUUGUCUCUGUUUUUGUUUAUUAGCAAAAAUGAACACCUAAACUUAAA